AUGCAUAAACCAAGCAGCACCGCGGCGCGGCACACGCCUGCGCUCGGUUCCCUCACGAGGGUCUGUCCUGGGGUGCCGCUAUCGUCGUCUACGUCCCUUGCGCUGGCGCGAUGGACCGUCUUCGCUGCUGCGCUCCUCCUUGUCGUCGCGGCACUCGCCCCGGGAGUCUUGCACGCGGCCCGCGCCGACGACGGAUUCACGCCGGCCACCGUCGCCUCAUGCCCGUACGGCUGGUCGCUUUAUUCUCCGCCGACGACCAUCACCGCCACCGAUAGCGCUGCUGCUGCUGCGCACCGGUGCGCUCGUGUAUUCAUCACGACACCCCUGUCUGCCUCAGCCCCCGAGUCCCUCUGCACCUCGCUCUUCUCGAGCGGCAGCGACACCUCUCUCAGCGCGGAUGGCGUCACGCCGUGGCCGUACGCCAGUCACGCCUCCCCACACGGAGUCGCCGUGCACUCCGCAGCGGAGAACGCGUUCUUUAGAAGCCUGUUUUCGGAUGCUUACAACGCCGGGGCGGAAGACGAUGUCGCCGUCGUGCUCGGUGGCACAGCCGGCUACGGCGUGGUGCACUGGCACGCCGACGCGAGCAGCGCCAACGGCAACGGUGGUAACGCGCUAAAACAACGACAGGAGCUACGAACCCGCGCUGAGCUGCUGGAGGGGCGGUGCCCUCGUUGGUUGAGCAACUCGGGUGCGGCGCCCCCACGAGGAGGCCUCCCGCAACAGCUCGCGCAGACGACAGCGGUGGAGGCAGCAUCGGCAGCAGACAUCUCCGCAGGCAGCGCGGCGUACACGAACUUUGCCGCUGAUGUGGACUGGCAAAGGCACUCAGGCGUAAUCGCGAUGCGCGCGAGUGGACAGUGGACGUUGCUGAGGUCCGCAGCGUCGGCGCACGCGUUCGCGUGCGCCUUCAACGCGGACUUCACCGUCCUCCCGUCUGGCACCUCGUCCUCUAGCAGCGGCAGCGGCAAUGCGCACGACACCUCCUCCUCAGACAACUCCGACAGCAGCAGUGAAGGUGGGUCGAACUCCGGCGUCCCCCAGCCAGGCAGUGGCUACGCCAAGAGACGAGUAGUUCCGCAGCCCGCGCCGCCGUGCCUGAGCGGUUGGACGGCACUGCCGGCCUCUGUCGACACAAGUGACGGUGCCGCGAACACCGCGUGCUACCGCCUGUUCGCCAACGCCAGCGAAGUGGGCGGCCGCGUCGGCACGACCUUUGAAGGCGCCCGGGAGUACUGCGCUGCGGUGAAUCCGAGAGCGUCGCUGGCAAGCGUUAUGUCGCAGCAGGAGAACGCAUGGAUCGUGUCCACCCUGCUAAGCGCGAUGGCGGCGCUGCCGUCGACCCCGUGCACGUGCGACGGCAGCAGCUUGGCCGAAGCGCCUUCCCACGCGGCCUCGGCGGUGGCCAUGAGCGCCGUCACCCACAGCGCGCGAACGGUGUUCCUUGGUGGCAGCUUCAUGCACGACAGCAGCGGCGCCGGCCUCAUCGGCAGCUGGUACGCCGACCAGUAUCUCUUCAACGCCUCCGAGUACGUCGCGGCAAGCCCGUCCAGUCCAGCGUGGCCGACGGGCACCAAUCUGUACUACGCCAACUGGGGCGAGGACGAGCCCGCUCUGAGCUACGGCGUGGUCGGCAUCACGCCUCCGCCACCGACCGAAUGCAACUGCGGCAACGCAUCCACGUCGUCCUCUUCCCCAGUAUCGCCUGCUGGCACGUGGGUCGGCCUGGACCCCCGUUCCACCCAGCCGUUCCUGUGCUCGUACCUGAACGACGGCUCCGUCUUCCCAAGUGUGCCGCCGACGCCGAUGCCAGACCCGUCCUCGACGACGUCGCCGACGCCGAGCGCGUUGGAGCACUGUCUCAGCGGGUGGUCGCACCUGGCCUUGACGAACAGCUGCUACCGCGUCUUUCCGUCCGCGUCGAUGGAGACCGAGGCGGGCUCGGCCGUCACGGCGGCGACCAUGGAGGAGCACUGCGAGCAGGUUCUGGGUGGACAGGUGGUGGUCACCAAGAUCGGCCGCGUGCGCGCAGUAGCGGUGCAGAGCAUUGCCGAGAGCGACUACGUCGGCUCCCUGCUGAGUCUCUACUUGAAGGACCCGAGGAACGCCGUCGGGGUGCCGGAAGGCGGCAGCAGCAGCGCCAGCAUCGACUCCACCUCGUCGCCGCGCCCCGUCAGCCUUGUUGGAGUUUCCUUCAUUGACCACGGCGCUGGAGGUUUCUACCUCAGCGGCGUGCGGGAACUAGACCCGCUCCUCGCCAACCACCUGUGGGCCGCCGGCGAGCCGGCCAAUGUCAAGGGCUGCGUCGCGGUGGACGUCGGUGGGUUGUGGUACUACGUCCCUUGCAGUAGCAGCUCGGCCACCACGCCAGAAAACGAGGCGGUACGAGUACUGGGCUAUACGUGCCAGUACCGCGCCUCCGACAUCGACCCGAAGCAGGACCUCAUCCCGGAGGCGACGACGCAGCCGGCGAUUCCACCGAGCGGUCCCGACUGGCCCUCGGACAGCGACAGUGGCUCCCCGUGGUUGCCGCUCGCCAAGCGCAUACAGGCCCUCUCCGGCGCCGUGCACGUGGUGGUGGCGGCGGGCAGCAUCGGUAUUUACACCCUGCAGGGCCCCAACGCGACCAUUCCACCCGUCGCCAGCGUGCGCGACCUGCACUUCUUCUUCGCCCCGCUCUCCGCCUACUACACCUACCCGGCCCCGCGGCGCGCGGUGGAUGGGACGGUGAUCGUGCCACCAGUGCAGACGACCCCCGGCAUGUCCGUUGACGAUCUCCUCUCGGUAGCCGUCACCGGUGAGAGCUCGCCUUUUGCGCCGUGUGAGGGGCACAAAGAUCAGUCUCGCAUCGCACGCGUCCGCGCGAACGUGUUGACGGUGCAGCACACCAACCACAGCGAGGUCGGCUACGUGUGCGUCUCCCAGGACGGGCGUAACUACGUGCCAACGGCCAUCACGUACGAGGUAACGGAGGUGACAGUGGACGGCUUCAUCAGCACACCGUCGCGCUCGCCGGCGGACAACCGCACCGCCGCGUGGCUGCCGCCGCUGUUCUGCGGGACCGCCGUCGAAGUUGCCACCACCUCGCCAUCCGUGGCAGCGUCGACCUGUGCUCUGCAACGUGGCCUUGCGAUCGCCGAGCAUGCGACGGGCACCGUGCAGUUGGUGCUUCGUCGGAGCGGCGCCGCCUCUGCCGUCGGCACAGUCGCGACGGCGCUGUUGCCCGAGCUUGACACCGUUGUCAGUCACGUGCGACUGUCCUCCUCGGCCGACUGCAUGGGAGAGCAGGUGCCGUUUCAACUCCUGGGCUCGGAGAUCGAGGUUCGGCACGUCUCCAGUGGGCGCUACACGCAGUCCUCUUCGCCGCUGCGCGCCGCCGACAAACGUGGGCGCGGCAACGCGUCCCUGCAGUACAGUGUCUUCAGCUACCAGUACGCUAGCGUCCAUGCCGCGCGUCUUGCCUCGCUCAACCCCAUCUACAACGCCUCCGAGGUGUCCAGCGUGCUGGCCCAAUCCCAGCAUCCAGCGGAGUACUACGUAUGCGUUUCGGUGCACAAGCCACCAUCGACGAUGACAUCCGACGUCUCAGAGAUCGGCGCGGCCUCGCGACGCCUCCUGGCGCUGUGGGGAGCCUCUGUCAACGCCGGCAGCAGCAGCAGCAGCAGCAGUGGGGCCUCCACAACGUUUUCCCUGUCCAUUGCAGAGCGCCUCGAAGCGCGCACGUCUGUCAGCCCAGCCGGCGCUGCAGUGCGCACCUACACCGCCGUCCCAGGGCUCAAGGCACACCUUGUGCCGCCGCCUGUGUCCGUCAAGGGUAUGUGGGCGUUGCCGCCGCGUCGGUUGCGCCAGCAGCGGGCGCGGCCCACCGGCGCCACCGGCUCCUCCACGGCUGCAGGGUCGCCUUGGGCAACCCUUGUACCGGCCGCCGCGACGCACAACCGCAGCGCGCACUACCUACUGCGCACCCAGCACCCCUUUGCCUCCACGGACCCGAUGUCGGAGUCGUCGUCCUCGACCGUUUUACCAUCCACCGUGCACCUGCACAUCCCUCAGUACAGCUCCCCCAUUAUCCUCCUUGACGCCAACAACGCCGAGCGCGGCAUGCUGGCGCUUCUCUCGCAAAACCCCAACGACUGCAACCGCCACCAACCACUGCCGCUCGACGACCCGACAAGGGCGGCGGCGACGUGGCCGCGGCACCUCGACACGAUGGUGCCGCUAAGCACUGUCACCAUGACCGUGGAGGGAAGCGGCACCGCGGGCGCUACCGCGACGGUGGCGUACAUGCAGCUGAACCUGAACCACACAGGCCUCUGGGGCCAUCACCCAACCCGCACCGACGACCCCGCCGCCAUGCAACAGACAUGGUACGUGUGCAUCUCCUACGGCGCGCUCAGCCCCUUUCUUCCAGUGCGCCAGCCAGCGCUGAGGAUCACGGUGCACCGCCAGCGCGUCGACCGCUUCCUCAUAGACUCCAGUGUCUCCUGUACAAGCAGCGAAGCCGCCGUGGCGGCCGAGGCCGCGGAUGCGUCGACGACGCACCUGAACGUGAACACAGGCUUUGCUGGCAUGCUGUGGUUGGACGGGCUCGAUGUACGGCUUUGGUCCACGACGACUCUGCACAGCGCUCAAGUGGCCUUCUCGGUCGUGCUGCCGAGCAGUGGCACGGUGGACGACACGGCGGCGCAGUGCUCCAACGCGAACCUCUUCUACGCGCAGCGCGCGCUCGGGCUGCUGACGCCAGAGAUCUGUCGACACACUCGUGCAGCAGGCGGCAACAGCAGCGCCAACGACGAUGCCGCCCGCGACGUCGGCGAGGAGGCGCGGGCGGGCAUGAUCAUCCCACUUGCCUUCUUCACGCAGCACUCGUUACGCCGCAUGCAGCUCUGCCUCUCCGUCCCGCUGCCAUUCGCCGCCAACACGACAGGCAGCAGCAGCGAGCUGGUGCCGCAGCGCCGUUUCUUCGCCCCCCUCGUCGAUACCACGCUGGACGUUCGCCCCAUACAGCUUCUCUACAUGGGCCGCUAUAGCUCCAUCCCCGCCUCGGCAGCAGCGGUGUCACCCAACCCCGCGGCGCCUCUGUCCCCUGGGACAACUCUCAUCCGCCUCGCCGAGGGCGUCCGCGACGUGGUGCUGCCCCUCACCGGCUACGGCAUCCGCCCUGACAUGACGAUGUUCCUCUCCUCGCAGCGGUGCCACGGCGUGCCGAUCAGCAACAUCGGUAGUCACGACAACCUUCUGACGGAGCAGAGCGCGCUGAACAUCUCGGUGGUGUCACUGUACGACCUGCCGAGCAGCUACUGGGCUCCCAUGAGAGCCGACACGGACGUGCAGGGCGGUGGCAGCAGCGAGUCCGGCAGUGCGCAUCAGCCACGCGUGUUUGUCGUCUUGAAGCACAGCGACCUCCUGAGCAAGUCGGCAGCGCAGCGCCUCUUCGGCGCCAGCACUGCGGCGGCAGGCGGGGCACGGAAGCCGCUGCAUGUGUGCCUGUACGCCCCUGGGACGGCAACCCUUGUAUUUCCGACGAACUUCCAGCUUGUAGUGGAGCCACCGCGUAUGAUGGCGAUUCGCAAUUUGCCGAACGACGCGCCGCUGCUGGCACGCGCGACGGCGCACAUGGCCCCGUCGUCGGUCGCGACGGUGGUGUACGGGAGCACCAUGGACCUCAUCGUGGAGGGUUUUGGCCUUGACGGCGCGAAUACGUGGCUCAUGCCCGCCGUCGACUGCGGCAACGCCUCCAGCCAUCUGUGGCGGGCGCCGGUGCAGCUCUCAGCCGUGCCGUCCAGCACAACCACCACAGCGCGGAUCGCGGUGGAGAGCAGCAGCGUGACGAGCCCCCUCUACGCCGAGUCCACGCGCUACGUCGAUCCGCAGUCGUCCUAUUCGAGCUGGUUCAUCUCGCUGCGGCAGGCGGAGACGGCUCGCGUCGGCGCCGACGCAAACGUCCGCAGCGGUACGUACGUGGACCGCUUCCAGUGGUGCGCGCGCAUUGGGGAAAAGGUCGAAGACGUGGCAGCCUCGCCGUACAUCUCAACGGGCCUACCGUACCGCCUGGUCAUCCCGGCUACCGACGGCUUCGUGCUCGAGGGCAGCCCCAUGCACCAGGACCACAUCUCCACCGUGCUGGCGCUGCCCAUCCAACACGCCACCGAGGGGCGGUGGUUUCCACUGAAGCUGGCCGGACCCAUCGUCGAUGUCGUCCAGGCCAUCGGCAGCCCACUGUACAUGUUCCUCGCCCCGCAAGAUCGCUCCUGUUACGCCUUGAAGCACAGCUACAUGCACCAAGGCUUGCACUCCUUCGGCAGCGCCUCCAUCUCCGCUGUCAACGGCUCGGCGGUGCUGCUGCCACGCUGGCUCACGGCGCCCGGCAUCUACCAGCUGUGUGCCAGCACACUAUACCCGGCGUUGGACUCCGCUGACGAGGGCAUCGAGGCGGCACUGCAGUUCUUCUCACUUCACGGGCUGCAGGUGCAGCUGACCAAGGCGGUCUACGGCGUCUCCGCGCUGAACCACACGACCAGUGUCACAGUGGAACAGGGCCAGGAGUGGGCCCUGCCCAUCUCCGGCCCGCUGCUGACAAACCGCAGCCUCGUGCGCUUUCAUACCGCGGCCUCGCAGUGCAGCCAACCGAUGGUGGCAACGAAGGGCAGUGGCGGCGCGGUGCUGCCUGAUAUUCGAGUGCAGGACGCCUUCACAGGGUUUUCUCUCGUCGGCGACGAUGACAUGAACAGGGACAGCGAGGAUAGCUUCACCGCGAGCGCGCACCACAUUGUCCUUCCCCAGAGCCUCAUCCGCUCCCUGGCCGCCCCGGCGACGUACGUGUUAUGCUUCCAGCCACAGAGCCACCUCGACUGGCGCGUCGCACCAGGCAUCUCGCUUGUCGUGAAGACGCACGUGCGCCACCCGACGGCGUACAGCUACUUUCCAGCGGACGGCAGCGAGGAUGUGGCGCUGUUGACGGCGCUACCGCCUAGCAAGGUGGCGUUAGAGUGGAACACGGGCGAGGAGAACAUGGUGAACGUUGUCGGCACAGCUGGCCGGCAGGUGUCACUCGCGCUAUGGUGUCUUCCAGCGCCAACGAAAAGCAGCAACAGCGGCGUGGGGGUGGAGGAGGAUUUAGUGCCGUGCGGAGAUCACCGGCGAGUCAUGUUCGUGAAGCCGAUGGACAGCGACGAGGAUCCGUGCUUCGUCGACGCAGAGGCCGUGCCGGAGGACGUUGUGCGUGGGCCCUAUGUGCUGCAUUUUGGUGUUCUGACGAUACCGUAUGCGCUGAGCACGCCCGGGCGCGGCAACGGCAAUGAUGCGGUGCCGGUGAUCAUCCCGAACAUGACACAGCCGUGGAUCAUGUGCCUCGAGACGGGGUCGGAGCGGUGGCGCGAGUCGGUGCGCCCGAUGUUCCAGCUGCAGUACACGCACGCGAUGCCGACCGGCUUCCGCGUGAAGGCCGACGACGCUAGCAACACGACAGCACCGUUCCCAGCGCACAAGGUGGGCGUUGCAGCCACAACAAGCGCCGAGGUAGACCGUGUGACGGGCAUGCCCGCCGGCGGCAACACGACACUCGUUCUCUACGCACAGGACAGCAGCCAGGUGGUCUACCUGAACGGCUACGGUAUCGAGCGCGACCACCGGCUGCGGUUUGGCGCGCGCUGCGAGGAGACGAUGGAACCACCCACGUCCUCCAGGUCACGAGAGGGGGUCAGCAGCGGCGGCGGAGUGGGUAUGGCGAACUCCACCUUGAGCGACAUGGCAGACUACCACCACCGCGUUGCCGCCCGACAACUGCUGGCAAACGCGCGCCUCUAUACCGACCCCCUCCCGAUCGAGGACGACAACGGCGUCUUUCUCGUGCCGAGCACGCACAUUCUGUUGUCGGAGGAGGCCACGAGCGGCACCGGCGGCAUUCCUGUGUGCAUCUCAACCAAUGCCGGCGCCACGUACGCCAAGACAAGCCUCACUCUGCGGGUGUUUCCCUCUCGGCUUCGCAUCGACACGGAGACGACGCAGCGCAACUUGCUGGCGCAGAUUUUGACAGACACCCUGCUCGUACCUGAGAACAGUCACGGCAGUGUCGACCUCACCGCGCUCAUCAAGGCAGGGCGGGCCAUCGGCUCCUCUACAGAGGCCGCGACGGCAUCGCCGAGUAGCGUUGGCGGCUCUGCCAUGAGGGACGCCGACAUGUAUCUGCCGCCUGGCACGCAAGUGCUUCUCUCCACCAGCUGCAGCCACAAUUCACACGGCAUCCCGCUGCUGACCGUCUCUGUUUCGAACGUGCUGACCUUGGCGAAGCACCAUACAGCCACAGUGACGCCGCAGCGGUUGCGCGUGUGCGUCCGCGACCCCGAGGCAGCCGUCGCGGCGGCAGCAAUGCUUGACAGCGGUGUGGCAGAGGACGACGGUGGCACGACUACAGCAUUCUUCACGGCUUCUGGAGUGUACUACCGCGUGAUAUCCGUGCAGGUGGGCCGGGUCUCGUUGCACGCGUGGACGCCUACGGAGGCGAUGCAGGCGGACUUGAUCGACCAGGUGGUGUUGCGCCGUGGUGCCAGGGAAGAUCUGUUGCUACCGGUGCUGCUCAAGUCGACGGCACGCGCUGAGACCGCCGUGACGGUCGUGUCGAGCCCCGAGGACGAACUCCUCCAGCGUCUGGAGCUGAGUCCGUCCGCACUGUCGCUCCUUUCGCUGACCCGCUUCUAUGUGGAGCAGUCGUGCUACCGGUCCGCGCAGUCACCCGACCCCGCCAGCGCCAUCUCGCCCUACGUGUCCUCCUACGCAGGUAUGCAGCUGAACUUUGGCGCCAACAGAAUCACCGUCUCGCCGCUGCCCUUGUCCAGGCAGCAGCAGCAGCAGCAGUCAUCGCUACCGCCGACCGACAGCCUGAGCAAGACCCUCGUCGCGGCGCUGCCGGGCGGCAACACCUACAACGUCUCGCAUUACACCCUCGAGUCUCGCGGCUCUGUCUGUUUCUCCGUUGAUGGCGGGCUACACUACCUCUCCGUUGGCAUGGCGCACUUCACGGAGGAGUGGGCCCCCACCCUGCGCGUCACUCUCGGCGCCGAGGAAGACGACCGAGCCAGGGAUGCUCGUGAAGAGCCAGACACCCCCACGGCAGCGACACCGUCGACGAACGCGAUGCGCGUCUACACCCAGAGCAGCACGACGCGGCAACUUCUCGAUACGCGCUAUGUCGACCCCGGCACCCUGCCGCCGUGGACUGCGCCAGCCAAUCAAACGGAGGCGCACGUGCUAGCGGACCUCGGUCAGCUGACGACGACAAUGCUAUGGACCGGCUUCUUGGGCACCAAUGGCUUCGCCAUGAACGGGCUACUGUACCUCCCUGCCUCCUCGUACGCCGCGUCGUCUGCCGAAACAACCCCCUCUGGUCUCAUCCCUGGUGUCGACCCGCAGCCACAGCCGCUCCUCUUCUCCCUCGACAACCGUCUGCAAAACACCCCUACGAACAUGACGGUGACGGUGGUGCCGUGGUCCCUCGCGUGCUACGGCAACCCUCAGCAGCGGGAGCUCUACGUGCAUCCGCAGGACGUCGGUCUCUUGGCCCCCACGACGCCGGGGCGGUGCAGCGCCGGUAUGCGAGACGGGGUGCGCGUGCGCGUGGUGCCGCUGAGCAUGGCAGCGUGCAACGACACCGUCGCGGUGGACACGUACUACUUGUUCGACCUCUCCACCGUGCAGCCUGCUGCGUGGGGCGCAACAGCGACGGAGGCGGCGGAGGGCGACGGUGCAUCAUCCUCGGCGCGGGCGAUGCAGCUCCCCAUAGGUCUGCGCUACACCCCUGAGGGGCUCUACGCCCUGUGUCUCCGGCAAGACCUGCCCUACGUGUCGACCCUGCUGAGCGACAACAACGCACGUGCACCAGGUGACCUCUUUACAGCCACCUACGCCGCAACCCCACUUCGGCUGCGUGUCGCGCGUAACUGGACGGUCGUGUCGGUCAGCAGGACAACCGUCCCGAACAGCAGCAACAACGUCGUCGCCAUCGCGCAAGGCAGCUACGCCGAGCUCCCCGUGACCGGCACGGCCGUACGCGUACGCGGGAUGCCGGUGUUGUUCGCGUUCGCCCCUUCCUCUGCGCAGACGGUGACGCGUCGCGGCGGCGGCAGCAGCGAUGCCACCGUGCCAUCCUCUUCAGCGAACGGUACGACGACCGCCGGCAGUGAAGCGUGGACGUGGUCGGGUGGCUGUGCGGCGGUGCCAGAGGCGUGGGACCCUGUUACAGGUAUGCCGUUGGUAUCGGCGUCGGCGUCAAGCGCCAGCGGCCCAGAUGGCUUGCUGCUCACGUCCCCGUGGCGCAACGCCCAAGACGGCGUGCUGCGUGUGGAUGCCGCGUACGUGAGCCGAGUGGAUUGGGAUACCUCUGCUGUUGUACCAGCAGCAGCAACCAACGGCAACAACACAACUGCGAGCCCGCGCUACACUGGCCGACUGCGGUCGUAUGCACUCUGCUACAGCGUCGAUGGUGGCCUCAGCUUCCAGGCGGCUGCCACGGCAGCGCAGACGUCGCCGCGCCAUCUCGCCGCUGUCGUCGUGCCACCCACCAUCACGUCCCUCUCCUGCAACCGCACCACUGCUGCAGAUCCGACGCAGCGUCAGCUGGGGUGGUCCGCCGACAACGCCACCGCCACGACGGUGCGUGUGCAGUAUCUCUACACGAGCACCGAUGCGGACGCCAGCAUCACCUCAUCGCCCCAGGUGGUGACGUACGCGCGUGCGGACGGGACAGGGCGCAUGGCGUACGCGACGCGGCCACCGACGUACACAUAUGCGUGGACGAGCGCCUUCGUCGGCAACGGCAUCGGUGCAGCGAGCGGGCGUCGGCUCCCUACCGUGACAACAACGGCAGCAGAUGUGCCGACGGUGGCCGCAGCGGUGGCCCUCGUCCGCACAAGUCGGCACGGCGCACGCUGCGACGGUGCCGCGGCGGUGUCAACGAACUUUACCCAGUUCUACCCCACCACAGUAUUUGGCGCAGAUGCAUGGAACGUGGCCGCGGUGAACGCUUCGUCGCCGCUGGCGAUGCCCAUCUUCCUAAUCAACCUGCAGCACGGCGGGGUGUGGUCGACUGCCGACACGGCCGCCAUCGUGGCGUGGCGCGGGGCUCAGACGGCGGAGCGUGUAGCGCAGUUCGAGCGCAUGAACCCGACGCUGUCGCAAGAGACAUGGGUGAACCAGACGGCCGCGUUGUGGGCGCGCUACAAGGAUGUUGCAGGAGCCCCGCUAAACGGCCAGUCCAUUCUUGGCUGGGCGACUGACGCGGCUACAGCAGCCUCGCGUAGCAACGGCGAGUCGACUGUCGUGUGCCUAAGCAUCGACGGCACGCACUUCUAUAGCGCUGAUGUCGCCCGUGCCGCUGCUCUCGCUCCCGAGGCGCAGGUGCAGCAGCAAGUAGUGAUCGCCACCGCCAACGCCACUAGCAGCAGCAGGACCACGACCGUCGCGCAUCUGUCGCCAUGGCCGCUCUACCUCCGCUCCUCCGUGGGGCCGUCGAUCAGCAACGCCAGGGCGAACACCAAGAUGGCGACUGGGACGACGCAGCUCCUCUGGAUGCGAGAGAUCUCCAUGGUAAUGGAGCUGCUUGCCCGUCCCACCACCAACGCCGCCACGGCGACGGCGGCAGCUGCUUCAGGCGCGCCCUACCUUGGAUACACCUCCGCUUCCCUAGCGCUCUUCCAAGAGGCAAUGGCCGCCGCCAUUGGCGUCGACUCAUCAGCGGUUGCCGUUCAGCUGCACAUGUCUGGGUUUGUGGCCCUGCCCAAGGCAGGCGUCUCGUUGGACGCCGUCAAGUCCGUAGCCGUGGCCGCCGUACAGGCGCGUCACCGCGGCGCAGCAACUCUUGGCGGUCUACAGAGGCCCUCACCAACCUUCAUGGAUAACUCAACAGCAGACCCACAGCCGUCUUCGCAGCCGGCGCUGCUGCCGACCUACGCGCUGGUGCUCAGCAUUCUUGCGGAUGCGGUUGCCUAUAAUCCCGCAGUGAACACCUCCACUCUGUCGGCCCCGCCUGACCUGCUCUACUGUGGUGUGCAGCUUCUGCGAGACAACGUGAGUGGCCCGGCCCUUCUCGCCACUUUGGCACGCGGGGGUGACGCCGUCGCCACCGCGUCCUUGAGCUCGCUGACCGUGAACUUUACGCUGCGCAACGGCGUGGACUUGCACGCUGCGAAUACGAGUAUGUCCGCUGCGCUGCCUCAGUCCCCGGCUCAAGAGGUGGCGUGGCGACGCCUGUUCCUGAACAUCCCGCAUGCCACGCUGAGCCCAGGCCUCGUACCGGAUGACAAGGAUAACGACACCACCUCGACAGUCAGGUGGUGGGCCAUUCCGUUGCUACUCGUCCUGACGGGGGUCAUGGUGUACGGAACGUACUACGUCUACAAGAAACACCUGCAGCCCGCCAAUGACCGGACGGAGGCGCCGGUCGUGGAGAAACGCCAGUAA